GUCAGGCGAGGACAUCAAGCUGGUCUAACUACACAUACAGUCAUAGUUGGUCCAUAUUUUAUUACUCUUAUUGAUCUUUUCCACAGUCUGGUAAUUUUACUGACUGUGUACUUACUCUAUAUCGCGCCUCGUGCCAUGGCAUCACCAUACGUAAUAUCAUGCGACACACUCGAACAAUAGCUCGAAGGACGAGUGCUUCGAGGCGCAAUCUGGAGCAGAACAGGCUGGUGUCCAGAGAGUAACGAAGUAUCUCUAUAACUACUGCCUACAAGCUGAUACCCGGAAUAUUUCCUAGACCACGCCUUGUUCAGAGGACAAGCAAUAACCAUUUCAGUACAGGUUUAUUAAAACCUUAUAACUGACAAUCCUGAAGUCUCACGUCGGCGUUCGCCGCCGCCAAGGAAAACUGUACGGAGAUGUCUUACCAUACAGAGGCUGCGUUAAGCAUGAAGACCACUGACGGUAUGAUGCCGGACAACGAAGGUGGAGCGUACGGUUACAGUCUAUCUUACCCGUCCCAGUACGGAUCCAAAUAUCACCGUUACGGUCUCGAACCCACGACUUCGGAACACUACAAUUACCCGUCGGCCGUUCAGGGAAUGACCCCAUCCGAGUUGAUGCCGGGAUAUACGUACCCCAUGUCUUUCGCAUCCAUGCCGCAUUUCCCCAGCGCCUUGUCCCCUGGGAUGGACCGCUACACCUUGGGCCCCAAUGGUAAGCCCAAGAGAAGACGGGUGCAGACUGUGGCGCAAAGAAGAGCAGCGAAUAUCAGGGAGAGACGACGAAUGUUCAACUUGAACUCGGCAUUUGAUUCUCUACGAGGUAAGGUCCCAACUUUCGCCUACGAGAAGAGACUGUCCAGGAUUGAAACUCUUCGCCUGGCCAUUACUUACAUUGCCUUCAUGGCAGAUCUCGUUAAGGGCAAAGAACCAGACAAGAUAAAAUUACACAAACUGAAAACAGUGGCUUUGGACGAUGGGAAAUAUUCGGACGAUGAGCACUCCAUGGAUGAUUCCUUAGAUAAAGACCCAGAUGUGUCUCCUUAAAAAGUUCACAGCUUAUUUCUGACAUCGAAAACAAAAUAUUACAUACAAGUUCGAGAAAACUAUUUUCGGGACUUUGUCGUGAGAGACAACAACAGUUUUCAGUGAUCGGGAGAAGUGCAGUGAGAGGGCUAAACACAGUGGGAUUGUGUCAUAUGUGAAAUAUUAUGUGAAGUUUAAAGUGUUUAAUAUUAUAACUUGUGCAAAAAUUCGUCACUUGUAUUUAACAUUGGAAGUAGGAGCUGAGACGUGCGAGAUGAAAUCUUGAAAGUUGGGCGUCGAGGCCGGAAAUGUGCAAUGCCAUCUUAUUUAUACUAAAUGUAUGUAUAUAUCUUUAUUUCAUAAAUUCUAUUUUUAUUUCCAUUGACAUUGUGCUUUGAUAGUGCCGAUUUUCAACUGAAAAUGAGCUACGAAUUACUGAACAUUGUAUGUAUUUAUUAUUUAUUUGCAUGCAGAGGUCUCGAGAUAAGUAAAUCACACGAGAGUGUUAUA